ACAAGUUGAAAAGACAACAUCCGUUUAUCCAACAACCUGGGUACCCAGGCUGUAUCGUGCAUAGGCGGUGGAGCAAUGCGGGUGGCUUACGACCUGAAAGUAGGCCGGUUGUGGAAAACGCCGAACAGACAUGCGACAUCGUACUCGGUUGGAUCGUUGUUCAGUCAUACAUCUUCGCGGAAUAAUCCUUAGUCCACAUUGGUACUGGGUACCGACAACUUCCGCAUAUCGUAUAUCGUAUACGCAAGACGUUGCUCACGGAUGAGCAUUACCACACCGCGAAUACGAGUGGCCGAUUACUAGACACCUACUAAGCAGAUAUACCCACCAAUCCCAUGCUUGGAUAGGUAUCAACGUACACUUUCCUUACGCGUAUUGAACAGCUAUUCGCAACAUUCGUGCUUCCAUAUACGCGCGAUGGGCACCGCAACAAUAUGGUUCACUCGAGGGAUCGCCAGAUAUGACGAGCUAUCUUCGAUCUGGAUAAUUAUGGGAAUAACUAUAUGCGUGGCUGUAGUGUAUACUCUCUGGACUGUUGUCUACAACCUUUACCUCAAUCCACUUAAACAAGUACCUGGCCCUUUUUUGUGGUCUAUCUCGUCUACACCGCUUUUCCUGGCAUCCAUCUCUGAUACGCCACAUAAACAAAUCCUCGAGUUGCAUCAGAAGUAUGGCGGGGUCGUCCGCACAAGUCCAAACUCCGUGUCAUGUCUCCACGCAACAGCAUGGAAAGAGGUCUACGGACACCGUAAGCCCGGCCAACCGGAAAACCUCAAACACCCAGGCUUCGUAGCCGAAGUCGCAUCAGGUAUCAUUGGGGCCGACACAGAGACUCAUACAUACCAACGUCAACUAAUAGCCCCGGGAUUUUCGGCGCAAGGGAUGCAGCGCCAGGAGCACAUUAUUCGGCACCAUGUCAACAACCUCUUCAGCUGCUUUGAAGAACACUGUGCCAAAGGACAACCCCUUGAUCUGGCCAAGUGGUACAAUUAUUUCUCGUUUGACAUCAUCGGUGAUCUCAGCUUCGGCGAGUCCUUUGGGAACCUGGAGCGGGGAGAUUUCCACCCGUGGAUUGCGACGAUCUUAGAGUUCUUCGUUGCGCAGCAUGAUAUGGCGCAUUUUCGGCGGGCAUAUCCGUUGUUGGAGGCAAUGGUGGGCCCUCUUGUUAAGGUCCUUGCUGCGAAGAUCAUCCUGAAGCAUAACACGUUCAUGCGUACCCAGGUCACGAAGCGUUUGGCUUUGGAGCCUACUCGGCCAGACUUCAUCGAUGGUAUGAAGUCUGACCAUGCUAAGGGAAAAGAAGGCCUUUCCUUUGAAGCAAUCUGUCAUAACGCGAGCAUCUUCGUCGUGGCUGGAUCCGAAACGACUGCACUCGCACUUACCGGGGCGACUUACCUACUCUGUACCCAUCCAGAGGUGCUCACCAAGCUCAAAGAAGAGAUUGACUCAUCUUUCGAUAGUGAAGAACAGAUCACUCUUCUCAGCGCGCAGCGACUCAAGUAUCUUACAGCCGUCAUAGAUGAGACCCUGCGUAUCUACCCAGCCGCUGUAGGCUCCGUGCCGCGACUGAUCCAACGCCAUGGCGAGGUAGUCGGCGGACACGUCCUUCCCGGAGGAACAUGCGUGGAUAUAUGGCAUUGGGCAAUGUAUCAUAACCCAGCUAACUUCACCGAGCCAGAGGUUUUUGCUCCCCAACGAUGGCUUGGAGACCCUCGCUUUGAAGGCGAUAAGAAAGUGGCAUUCCAGCCUUUCUCAACGGGAAAACGCAGUUGCAUUGGUCAGAAUCUUGCGCAUUCCGAGAUAAAGCAGAUCAUGGCCCGGCUGCUGUGGAAGUACAAUAUUGAGCUCGUAGAUCGCGAGUGGUACGACAAGCCAUGGCAUGAUCAACCCGUGCGCGCUUCUUAUGUGCACCCGCCGUUGAAUGUUAGAUUGAGUCUUAGGACAGAGCAGUUGAAAUAGAUUCGUACAGCCAGUCAGAUGAAAAUUACAAUCCUAUUGCAGCGUGGACGAAGGACGUAGCUCCGCUCAAAGAUACUCGGGUGUGGAUUCCGCGUACCGGAACGUUCCGAUGCCGGUCGGAAGCUCCGGUGAACACCACAAGUUUUCGAUCUUCUGACUAGAACUCAUGCAUUAAGUCCUCUGAGACGUCCAGGGAUGACAAAAGAUUCCUGGUCUCACUCAGAACCUUCUUCUGCAAAUCCUCGCCGCGCUUUGAAUACAUCAGAACAGGAUAUCUA